AUGUCAGAGAAGCUCAAGGCCCUUUGGGAGACCACUGAGAAAGAGGGGCCCGAACAUGGACACAGAAUGGCUGAUGCUUCGCUACGAGAGGAAGACAUCGCGGAUUGCAGAACGCAGUUAACAGAUUUGAUUCUUAGAGGUACUAUGUCCACUGACUCCCUCAAGUCAUUCGACGCCACCGAUGUUGUAGCACAUAACGCAUCCUCAAGCUCAUUGAUGAAUGUGCAGAAGCGAUUGAUACAGGCAAAUAUCAUCAGAAGGAGUAGGAUCGAAUUUGAUACACUCUCGAUGAGCUUAUCACGUUCAAUGGUCAAGCGCAGCGGCAAAACUGACCCUAGUUAUCUGGCCUCGCCCAAACCGAACUCCUAUGGGAUAACAUGA